UCGGCAGUUCUAACUUCUAAUACGUUAAACUCAUUUUCUUGUCUGAACUCUGAAGCUCGUUGCCAGGUUUGCGCGGGGAUUCGUUUCUUUCCCUCCAUGUCGAUCCAAUUGUAAAACCUUUCGUUCAAUCUCUCGCCUGAAAUCGUCGAUAGCUUAAUCAGUCAUGGCUCCUCCAGCUCAGUCGCAGAGAUCUCAGUCUCCUUCUCAGCCCUCUGGAAAAGGAGAAGUCUCCGAUCUGAAGGUGCAACUACGGCAACUCGCCGGGAGUCGAGCGCCGGGAACCGACGAUUCAAAGAGAGAGCUCUUCAAGAAGGUCAUAUCAUACAUGACGGUUGGCAUCGACGUGUCUUCGCUCUUUAGCGAGAUGGUGAUGUGCUCCGCGACAUCGGACAUUGUUCUCAAGAAGAUGUGUUAUCUCUAUGUUGGGAAUUAUGCUAAAGGGAAUCCGGAUCUGGCUCUCCUUACUAUCAAUUUUCUUCAGAAGGACUGCCGGGACGAGGAUCCCAUGAUUAGGGGGCUUGCAUUGAGGAGCCUCUGUUCUCUGAGAGUGGAAAAUUUAGUGGAGUAUCUAGUUGGUCCGUUGGGAUCGGGCUUGCAGGAUCACAACAGUUAUGUGAGGAUGGUUGCUGCCAUUGGGGUACUGAAGCUGUAUCAUAUCUCGUCGUCGUCGUGUAUAGAUGCCGAUUUUCCGUCCGCACUCAAGGCUCUUAUGCUUAAUGACCCAGAUGCUCAGGUAGUUGCAAAUUGUUUAUCUGCCUUGCAAGAAAUUUGGAGUUUGGAGGCAAGCACCUCCGAGGAAGCAUCCAGGGAAAGAGAAGCUUUGCUAAGCAAGCCAGUAAUUUAUUAUUUUCUGAAUAGGAUUAAGGAUUUCAGUGAAUGGGCACAGUGUCUUGUGCUCGACUUGGUAGGAAAAUAUGUACCCUCAGAUAGCAGUGAGAUAUUUGACAUUAUGAAUCUGCUUGAAGAUAGACUGCAACAUGCAAAUGGUGCUGUUGUAUUGGCAACAAUCAAGGUGUUUUUGCAUUUGACCUUGUCAAUGACUGAUGUACAUCAGCAGGUAUAUGAGCGCAUAAAAGCCCCUCUGCUUACCCUAGUGAGCUCUGGAAGUCAAGAACUAUCUUAUGCAGUAUUAAGCCACCUGCAUCUCUUGGUGAUGCGUGCACCUAUUCUAUUUUCUUCAGACUACAAACACUUCUAUUGCCAGUACAAUGAACCAUCUUAUGUUAAGAAACUGAAACUUGAAAUGCUGACUGCAGUGGCAAAUGAGAGCAAUACAUAUGAAAUUGUGACGGAAUUAUGCGAAUAUGUUGCAAACAUUGAUGUGUCCAUUGCAAGAGAGUCAAUUCACGCUGUUGGGAAAAUUGCACUUCAGCAGUAUGAUGUGAAUGCAAUUGUUGACAGGCUUCUUCAGUUUCUAGAGAUGGAGAAAGACUAUGUGACUGCAGAAACUCUGGUACUUGUGAAAGAUCUUUUGAGGAAAUAUCCUCAAUGGAGUCAUGAUUGCAUUGCAGUUGUUGGGAAUAUCAGCAGUAAAAAUGUUCAAGAACCAAAGGCGAAGGCAGCUCUCAUAUGGAUGUUGGGGGAAUAUUCUUUGGACAUGUCUGAUGCUCCAUAUAUUUUGGAAAGUCUUGUUGAAAACUGGGAAGAUGAGCAUUCUGCAGAGGUUCGUUUGCAUCUUCUCACUGCAGUAUUGAAAUGUUUCCUAAGAAGACCACCUGAAACUCAGAAAGCCUUGGGAGCUGCAUUGGCUGCCGGUCUUGCAGAUUCUCACCAGGAUGUUCAUGAUAGAGCCUUAUUCUACUAUAGGCUUUUACAAUACAAUGUAUCCGUCGCAGAGCGUGUGGUGAAUCCUCCCAAGCAAGCAGUUUCAGUCUUUGCUGAUACUCAGAGCAGUGAAAUCAAAGAUCGUAUAUUUGAUGAAUUUAACAGCCUAUCCGUUUUAUAUCAAAAGGUGCUCUCUCUCUGAAAAAAUUGCAAACACUUUUUUUGAGAAGUAAAGAUUGUGGAAAUAUUUGUUGCAUGUUACAUGUGAAACUACAUUUGUUUGGUUAUUAUGUCAGAAUUUCGUG